GCCCCGCCCUCAGGCCCAGCGGAACCCUGAAGAGGAGGGGGUGGGUGAGCCCGGGCGCGGCUCUGUCAGCUGAGUGACAGUCACGGGACCUCCACCAACUCUGUCUGGCUUCCUGGAGGAGAGGGAGGGAUGAGCAAAGCUCUCCGAGCACGACAGGAUAUGGAGAAAGAGCGGGAGACUCUGCAGGCCUGGAAGGAGCGCGUGGGGCAGGAGCUGGACCGUGUGGUGGCUUUCUGGAUGGAGCACUCCCACGACCAGGAGCACGGGGGCUUCUUCACGUGCCUUGGCCGGGAUGGGCAGGUGUAUGAUGACCUCAAGUAUGUGUGGCUACAGGGGAGGCAGGUAGGGUUCUGGAUGUAUUGCCGCCUGUACCGCACUUUUGAGCGCUCACAUGCGCAGCUCCUGGAUGCAGCAAAAGCAGGUGGUGAGUUCUUGCUGCGUUACGCCCGGGUGGCACCUCCUGGCAAGAAGUGUGCCUUUGUGCUGACUCGCGACGGCCGCCCGGUCAAGGUGCAGCGGACCAUCUUCAGCGAGUGUUUCUACACUAUGGCCAUGGACGAGCUGUGGAGGACCACAGGGGAAGCACGGUACCAGACGGAAGCGGUGGAGAUGAUGGAUCAGAUUGUCCACUGGGUACGGGAGGACGCGUCGGAACUGGGCCGGCCCCAGCUCCAGGGGGCCCCAGCCGUGGAGCCCAUGGCAGUGCCCAUGAUGCUGCUGAACCUGGUGGAGCAGCUCGGGGAGGCGGACAAGGAGCUGGCGGACAAAUAUGCAGAGCUGGGUGACUGGUGCGCCCGGAGGGUUCUGCAACACGUGCAGAGGGCUGGACAAGCUGUGCUGGAGAAUGUGUCAGAGGAUGGCAAGGAACUUUCUGGCUGCCUGGGGAGACAGCAGAACCCAGGCCACGCACUGGAAGCCGGUUGGUUUCUGCUCCGUCACUGCAUUCGGAAAGGCGACCCUGAACUUCGAGCUCACGUUGUUGACAAGUUCCUGUUGUUGCCCUUCCGUUCCGGAUGGGACCCUGACCACGGAGGCCUCUUUUACUUCCAGGAUGCUGAUGACUUCUGCCCCACCCAGCUGGAGUGGGCCAUGAAGCUCUGGUGGCCGCACAGUGAAGCCAUGAUUGCCUUCCUCAUGGGUUACAGCGACAGCGGGGACCCUGAGCUGCUGCGCCUCUUCUACCAAGUGGCUGAGUACACCUUCUGCCAGUUUCGCGAUCCCGAGUACGGGGAAUGGUUUGGCUACCUGAGCCGAGAGGGCAAGGUGGCCCUCACCAUCAAGGGAGGGCCUUUCAAAGGCUGCUUCCACGUGCCGCGGUGCCUAGCCAUGUGCGAGGAGAUGCUGGGCGCCCUGCUGAGCCGCCCGACUCCCGCCCCCGCCCUCGCCCCUGCCCCUGUCCCUGCCCGCCGAGGCGCGGAAUAAACGCUGAGUCUGUUCCA